GAAAGCUCAGCAGCCGCACAACCCGGAAGCGGAAGUAGAUUGCAGGUUUCCGCUUGUGCCUUUAUUGUUCGCGCAUAGUUUGGAGUGUCCGACGGGCAGCCCGAGGGCUAACGUAUCGUCAGUUAUCUCUGAUGACUGGUCUGGAGAAGAGCUGCACGUGCUAACGUGGACGACAUAUCAACGCUCUCCGCCAAUCAAAGCGGAGGAUGCGCCACAGCACGUGACCAUCCACAGGUGGUCUGUAGACAUGGAAGCUCACGGAGCCGGAAGGCAUGUUGUAAUGGCUACGAGGCAGGACGUGCGCGUCCGGGAGGUCGGCUGCCAGUGGGAGAGCCCCGUGGAGCAGCAGAGGGAGGCGGGCUGCCAGAGCGAGCCCACCCCCACCGCAGAGGCCGGCGUACAGGUGGACCUGCUCGGUGAACCGGCGUGCUCGGGACAGUCAGACUUGUCUGCGCUGCUGCUCAGCUGCCACCCUGCCGACUGCAGCCCGGUGCUUCAACACAGCUCCACCAACCGGACCAGAACCAGAACUGUCCGACCUGCUGUCAGACUUUUAGCUGAACCAGUCCAGACCAGAGCCAAAGUCCGCAAGAGACUUGUGCCUCAGAGUUCUGAUUCAGCAGAGUUGAGUCAGCCGAGCCAGCGCCGCCAUCGCAGAGCCACUGAAGUACCGCAAGAAGAAGAGGACAUUGGUGAUCCUCUCUGGACUCCAUCGGAAGGAGGCGUUGACUCUGUGUCCUCGGGUGGGGAUGUCAUUCAGCCAGACUCCCUGCAUGGAUCUCUGCAAGUGGUGAAGCAGGAGCUGGACAGCACUGUGUGUGACGUCUGCGGCAAAGUGAUGAAGAACAAGUCCAGCCUGGCGCGGCACUCCUUCAUCCACACAGGGAAGAAGCCUUUCUCCUGCCAUUUGUGUGAGCUGCGCUUCAACCGCCGCGACAACCUACAGCACCACCUCAGCCGCCUACAUCCCGAUGGCGUGGCCAAGCUGGAGAAGCAGCGCUCAGCCACGGCCUGGCUUUGUGCCGUCUGCGGGAAAACCUUCAGCUGCAGGUCUCGGCUCCAGACCCACGAAGUCAUCCACUCGGGCAUGAAGCCGCAUCGCUGCGACCUUUGCCCCAAAGCUUACAUGAGAACCAAUGACCUGGAGCACCACAAAAAGGUGGUUCACUCUGACACCACCAGCAAACCACAGAAGCCAAGUUCUCUGCUCUGCCACCUCUGUGGCAAAGAGUUCAAGUGCCGCUCGCAGCUCGCUGUGCACUUCCAGACACACUCGGGUGAAAGGCCGCACCUCUGUGACAUCUGUGGCCGGAAGUUCAGCCGGCAGUACCAGCUGAGGCGCCACAAGGUACUGGUCCACACGGGCCUUGGUAACGGUGAGGAGAAUGUGCCACCUGACGCAGCGUACACCUGCAGCGUCUGUGGGAAGCGCCUGAAGACCGAGGCUCUCCUGCUCGCUCACACUCGCAUCCAUUCAGGUGACAAGCCGCACCGCUGCAACGCCUGCCCCCGCAGCUUCCAGAGAGUCGCUUUCUUGAGACAGCAUCAUGCCCGUGUGCACCUGAGGGUUAGAGCCAGCGAGGUGCAGCCUGCUGCUCGCCGCAGGAGAAGCAUUGCUGAGAGUGACUCCUUCCCCUGCCCUGUGUGCGGGAAAGUGUUCAGGUUCAGAUCUCUGCUGGCCAGCCACGCCCUGAUCCACAGCGAUGUGCGGCCUUUUGACUGCGACAUCUGCAGUCGCAGCUUCCGCCGCCUUAGCCACCUUAAGCGCCACCGCGAGGUGGUCCAUGAUAACGGUGCACGCCUGCCCGAGAGCUUUAUCUGCCAUAUCUGUGGCGUAGACAAGAAGUGCCGCUCGCAGCUAGCCAGACACGUCAUCAUCCACACAGGAGAACGGCCCUUCACCUGCGACCUUUGCCCAGCACGCUUCAACCGCCGCGGCAACCUGCAGCAGCACAAGAGGCGUAUGCAUGGCACAGAACAGCCCACUGCUCAGGAUGUCCCGGCCAUUCUAUUUGAUGAAGAACAUGGCUUAGCAUGCAGAGAGGAAGAGGCUGUGCACACUCCCGACGGGACCGGCGGGUUUGAGGACGCAACAAACAUUGAGCUGCUAGAUGCUACAUGACAGCAGUUCUCCUUUAAAGUCACAGAAAUGUCAAAGCUGGUCUGUGGAGUUACAAAGACUGAGAGCUAACAUGAUCACAUGAUCUCCAAUCAUCAAAGGUUCCACAAGAUUAAAGACUAGCAGUCAGCAGUUGUUGAUCUUCAGGUAGACAUUGGGUAGUGAUUGGGGGGUGGUGCUCUGAGGCUGAUGCUCUGCAUUCACAGGACACGUCACCGCUCAUUAGUUCACGCCUGAACCAGGACGCCACUCCAUCUGGGGUAACUUGCUAACUAGCGUUGGACCUGCUGAUUGAGGUCUAGACUGGUUUCAGCAAUAGAUGGGGUCAGGAAGAGGAGAAUGUCAAUAAAAAACUGCAAUCAAUAGA